AUGAAUAAUAUAAAAGUUGCCCUCCUCAUAUUCUAUGUCUACAUUUGUAUAUUAAGAAAUGCAGUCCGAUUUAGUAGCAUAUUCAAAAAUAUUUUUUCAUAUUCUUAUAGUAUGCAAACAAAGAAAUAUACUUAUAACAAUUUUAUAGAUGGAAUCAUUGUAUACUUUCUUUAUUCCUUAUAUCAUGCCUACCUUAAGGAAAAACCUAAUAAUAAUAUCAUUGCAAAAAAGCUUUGUGAUGCAUUGAUCAAUCUAAAUAAUGAUGAAGUAGACGGAAUAUGCGAAGGUUACAAAAAUAUUAAUAUAACUCAAGAUAUUUUGAGAAAAAUGAAAGAACUAUAUGGUAUGAAUACUAUUAUUAAUGAAAUAAAUUCUGAUGGUUCUGAAGAUGAAACAUGUGAAUGCCCAAAUAAAUUUGUUAUAUUAUAUAAGGGAUAUAAGGAUGAAUGUGAUCCCGUAGUUAUGAGUAUUUUUUUUAGGAGAAAUGUUCCAUGUUUGUAUAGCGGAAUAUAUAGAAAGCGAAAUAUAUAUAAUAAUGUGAAUGAAGAAUGGAUUUAUUAA